AUGGAUGUUUCACAUGGGUCCCUGGGCCAGUCUGAUAUCCUAUCAAUUGCUGCAGUUAUCAGUUCAAGGCAAUGGCCAUUGAUUUCUCAUCAUAGAGCAUCUGUGAGCACUCAAUCCCUGAAUUUUGAAAUGAUAGAUUCUCUGAUCAAACACAUGUCUGACACUAAAGAUAAUUGCAUAUUUAAAGAACUUAUGCUCAAUUUUUAUGUUAACUGUGGCAAUGAGAAGCCUCACAAGGUUACUAUAUUCAGGGAAGGUGUUAGUGAAUCACAGUUCAACCAAGUUCGGGACAUUGAACUUAAUCACAACGGAAUAUUAAGGAACCCAGUGUCCGCUCUAAAAGAACAAUAUUGUUAA